UCAUCUCAUCUCAUCUCAUCUCAUCUCAUCUCAUCUCAUCUCAUCUCAUCUCAUCUCAUCUCAUCUCAUCUCAUCUCAUCUCAUCUCAUCUCAUACCUGCAUCGUCUUCUUGUUGCAGCUUCACGCAAAAUUCUCAGAAGGUACAGCUCAUAGCUCACUUGGCAACAUGGGAUCUGUACAGAAACAGAAGGCCGUCAUUAUAGGCUCAGGCAUCUUUGGCAUGUCCACCGCUCUGUGGAUGCUCAAAGAUGGAAGCUACGAUGUAGUCAUACUGGAAAAGUGUGAGACAGUCCCGGCUCCCGACGCAGCCAGUUCAGAUCUCAACAAGAUCAUUCGAGCCGGAGAUUACAUCGACCCGGCCACGUCCGAGCUCGCCCUAGAAGCUGUAGAGAUGUGGAAACAGCCAGAAUGGGAGGGAACAUACCACGAGUCCGGGGUCAUGUGCAUCAGUGCGAAAGAUGACAAACAGGGAGAAAAGUUUCUCCAAUUCGCCUAUAAGAACUUGCACGAUCAUAACAUUGACGCCGUCAUGUGUCCCGAUUUACAAGGCAUCAAAGCCCAAUUCAAAGGAGACGUCCCAGUCGGGACCUUUGGCGGAAAACACGCCUAUUUCAAUCCGAUUGGGGGAUGGGCAGAAGCAGAGAGGGGAGUCGAAGCGGGGCACAAGCAGAUCAGGAAACUUGGAGGCGUCAUUCGAUCGGGAUGCGAAGUGGCCAAGUUGAUCGUCGAUGGCAGGCGGAUAGGGGGCGUGGUGUUAAAGACGGGCGAGGAAGUCAGAGGAGAUUUGGUCGUGGCCGCUGCAGGAUCCUGGACAUCACAGCUGUUCACUUCGAUUGGAGUUGGACGAAUGCCAAAGGUCGAAGCCACAGGCCAUAGUCUAGCCUGCGUUCAGCUCACACCUGAAGAGGCUAAGGUGUAUGCAGGCGCACCCGUGGUCUUCUCGACUGAUAAAGGCUUUUACGUCUUUCCACCCAACCCGGACGGGCUCGUCAAAUUCGCUAUUCACGCUGCCGGUUACACGAAUCCCUUGCCCGAGUCCAACGGCGUUUCAGUUCCUCGCACAAAGCUCACCCCUGGCGCUGAGGAAGGAAUGAUCCCACUGACCGAGAUGAGACUGCUGCGUGAACAAUUGGCUACGAUCUACCCUGAGCUGGCGAAAAAAGACUUUGUACAGACCCGGAUGUGCUGGUACUGCGAAACUAAAUACGGUGACUGGCUCAUCGACUAUCAUCCCGAUUUUGACAAUCUUGUCUUUGCAACAGGCGGAAGCGGUCAUGCCUACAAGUUCGCGCCCAUCAUUGGACGAGAGAUCCUCAAAGUUAUUCAGAGAAGGCCAGAUCCACGUUUCGCUGCUCGAUGGUCUUUCGACGGGAUUGACGAGGACACCGGUGCUGAUUUCAAGCACGAUAAGGUCCAGUUGCUCGUGGUGGACGAGCUGACCACGAGAGACGACCUUAAAGCUAGCGCUUGAUAGGCAGGGUAGGGUCGGUUGAUCAUUUAGCACCUUUGUACCACUUUGUGAUCGAGAAUGAGGUCCUCUUAAGCUGGGGACUGGACCUGGCUCCGUCUCCAUCCCUGUCAUCAUUAACAUGUCUCAUUGCAUGCCAUGCAGAGGUUGUUGAUAUG